CUCAUCUCCUCCUCCUUCUUCUUCAUCUCUCUCUCUCUCUCUCUCUCUCUCUCUCUCUCUCUCUCUCUCUCUCUCUCUCUCGGUGCUAGCUGCAGCAUGAGCGAUCUCCCGCCGGCGGCGGCGAUGGGGGGCGAGCGGGACAUCGAGCUGGGCCUUCCCACCACCAACACCACAUCAGGCUACACGCUUCAGCACAUUCUCGAAGAUAUCCGCCAGUUCUCGACGCUGCUGGGCAGCACGCCCACGAUGCUUCACAAGCUCGAGGAAGCCAACAAGGAGUUGAAAUCGGCCGCUGAAUCUGCUGCAGUGAAAGAAAUCAAGGGGCGCAUGGAGAAAGACAUGGAUGAGGCGGUGAAGAUGGCGCGGAUCAUGAAAGAGAAGCUAAUCAGAAUCUUCCAAGGCGUGCUGGUUCCAGUUCUGAACAAUAUGUCAACCGGUCAUGCAUAUCCAGGGCUCACUGUUCCUAUGACCCUGGAUCCGUCAACGCUGUCCAUCAUCACGGCACUGAAGAUAAAGCUUAAGGAAAGAAAGAAAGAUCUUGAGAAUCUGGGAAAAGCUAUGCAGGAAGAGUACAUAGAAGUGGUUCAGAGCAGGAUUUUCACAGUCACCGGAGUAAAGCUCUCUGAUGAGGUGAUUCGCGUGAUCGACACCAGCAGCAUCAUGCAGAUGUUUGAGCACAGAGUCCAUGGAAUAGGUCCAGAGCAGGCCAGCGCCAUAGGGGAGGAAAUCAAGGAGCGGCGUGCUGCGGCCAUGGAUCUCGGCAAGAAGAAUGCUGAGGUGCAAAAGAAUUUCAGGGAGAUGCUGGCGCUUGUCAAAGCGCAGGAGAAAAUAGUCAAGGCACUGAGUCAGAGUGCUGAGGCCCGUGCACGAUCUGCUGCGGAGGAGCUGGCCCGUGCGCGAUCUAGGGUCCAGGAACUGCGCGAGGAGAUGGAGGAGACAAAGCUGCUCAUCGCACUGGUUGUGAUCCUCUUCUUGUUGUGCAUCGUCGCGGUUACCCUCGGAAUCUCCGGCUGACCACUUACGGAGUAGUACUUGUUCCUACCUAGUACUUCCAUUGCAUGGCACGCAACUGGGAUUUUAGAACAAUUUUAUAUCGUGGCAUGGCAGCAGUGACUUGUUUCGUGACUUUCGUGGGAGUGGUAUGCUAGUAGAACUUCUGGGAUUGCUGUAAUAAUGUCCAAUCAUGUGUGUGCGCGGGCGUUGUUUCCUCGACCGUGUGGAGAUGCUUUCCUCGACCGUGUUUCCCAACACGUAGUAUUUGCUUAGUUGUGUGGA